AUGGAUAAAGGACUGGCACACAGCCAUGUAACUGGUUUGGGUGUGGAUAGAUCUAUGAAUAUCACAGACGAAGCUGGGCUCUUCAGCAUGGAGAAGGCUAGAAAAGCAGCCAGCCUAUUUACCGAUGUAAUAAACAGCAAAAAGACCGCAGGAAAGGCGCUUCUUAUCACAGGAGAGAGCGGCAGCGGGAAGACAGCUCUUGCAGUGGGCAUUUCCAAGGAGCUGGGCCCUCGUGUUCCCUUUGUGAGGAUGACGGGAAGCGAAGUGUACUCAGCUGCGGUGCGAAAGACAGAAAUACUGCAGCAGGCAAUCAGGCGGGCAACCAUCAUAAGAAUCAGAGAGAUAAAACACGUGUACGAAGGAGAGGUAGUAGACAUAAAAAUAGAGGAAAAAGAAGAUCCUCUGAACAACUACAGAAAAACAGUCUCAAACAUAUUUGUUUCUCUGAGGAGCGCCAAAAGAACAGAGAGACUUACUUUGAAUCCAUCGCUCUCGCAGGAGAUAAUAAAGCAAAAGAUAACAGUUGGCGAUGUAAUAUACAUAGAGCCUGAAGAGAACAUAAUAAAAAAGAUGGGAAGGAGUGACUCGUACUCAUCCGAGUUUGACAUUGAAAGCGACAAAUACGUGUCCCUUCCCAAAGGGGAUAUUUUUACAAAGAAAGAAGUGCUGCAGGAAAUGACUCUUCACGAGAUAGAUGUAGCAAACACCAAGCACAAAGGGAAAGACGUCUUCUCGGUCAUGAGCCAGCUGCAGGAGACAGGCCGUGUAGAAAUAACCAGCAAAAUAAGAGACGAAGUGGACAGCAAAAUAAACAAGCAGCUGAGCAUAGGCGCAGCAGAGAUCACGCCUGGUGUUCUGUUCAUCGAUGAGUCCCACACGAUGGACACGGACUGCUACUCAUUUCUCAGCACGAUGCUGGAGCUGUCAACUUGUCCUGUGAUAAUACUUGCCACGAAUAAAUCCUCUGUAAAAGUUCCAGAGACAGGAGAAGUGAGAAGAUUUGGAAUCCCCGAAGUUUUCCUCAGCCGCAUGUUUGUCGUGCGCACUGAAAAGCCUACAAAAGAAGUAGUGCAAAAGAUCAUCGAUCAGAAGAUAGUUUCCGAAAAGAUAGAUAUAACUGAAGAUGGAAGAGCUCUGCUCUAUAAAAUAGCCAAUGAAAGCACUCUGCGUUUUGCAUUCAGUCUGCUUCCCCUGGCUGCUCUUCUCUCUGAUGUUAUUUCAUCUUCUGCCAUCAAAGAAGUCUCUCAGAUGUUCAGCAAGCCAAAAAUGAAAUAA